AUGCCUAAUAUUGACACGUACGUUCUAGUAGAAUCAACAUAUAUAGAAUUACAAUCAAAUACAAUGUCUGGAAGUACAGGAGCAGCUCCUCCCCCGAACCAAACCAUACUGCGACGUACUGUAUUCAAGAAAAAGAGCAAGUCCUCAUCAAAUAAUGCGUCCACGGCCGAGCGCAAGCGCACCGCCACACCGAAAGUGCCAGAACGCAUACAUUCAGAUGUUCUUAUUGCGAUACAACCGGUACACCUACAAAAUAUUGUUACAAGGAAAAAGAAUCAUGAGUAUAGAACCUAUCGACUAAAAGAUGGGGUGGAACGGCUGUGGCUCUACGAGACGCGUGGCACACGUCGCGAUCCAGGGCAUGCAGCAAUCACUCAUAUCGCUACUAUUCUAUCGACAAUAAGGGGCGCUUCAGGGACUGUGCCUGAGGAACCUCAUGGUAUUGGCAACUCGGACUUCAAUGCUGGUCUGAAAAGUCCAAAUAUGGAUAUCCGGUCUUGGAAUUAUAUGAAUUGGUCAAGCCAGUGA